AUGCCGGCGGCGGCCAAGCGGGGCGACGAAGGGUCAUCCAAAUCCAAGAAGCAGAAGCAGAAGGGCGUGCCGUCUAUCCCGCCUUCAGACAAGAAAGACAAGCACAGGGUGCGCAAGCUCGUACCCCCGAGACCAUUCCCCACCGUGCCCGCCUCAGUGUCCGCGACGGGACCGCGCUCGGCGCAUACGGAGGGCAAGAACUAUAUCUGCAUCACGCGUCGGACGGAGCUCGGCGCGUAUCUACGGCGCUGUAAGGAUGUGUUUCUCAAGGAUGGCCACAAGACGCUGCACCUCAGCGCGAUGGGGGCUGCCAUACCGCAUCUCAUGCAGCUGGCGCUCUCGCUCCCCGAGAUACUUCCCUACCCGCGCGACGAGGUCCAUACCGAAGUCCUGACCGGAACCGUCGAACUGCAGGACGAACUCAUUCCAGUGGACGACGACGAAGAUAUGUCUUAUCGCACGCGCAGCAAGUCCACCGUGAGUGUCGUGAUCAAGAUCGGAGAUGGAGUGGACGAGCCUGUCGCAGGUGCCGCUCGUGGAAGUGGCAGGAAGAAGAAUACCGGACGCGGCAAGAGUGCACCCUCCGGAGGCGGAAGGCAGAAGGGCAACAAACAAGCGAUAUCUACGGAGCCCAUCAUUUUCCGUGAGGAUGAGAUGGAUGAAAGCUAG